AUGGCGGAGCGUCGUCGCAACCCGAUUCGCGAGGGCCAUUACAGGGUCUACCACAUCGACGGCGAGGGACGCUUCCAAUACCAGGACUGGGAUCCAACAGACUGGUCGACAUGCGAGUUGACAAACCGCGUAUCCAAGCAUAUGCUCCUGUUGCACGACUCUGCCGAAUUGAGACAGAAGCGCAGAAUACCACAUCGCUACCAAGGGGUCGAGCGGUUGUUUGCGGCGCUCACCCUUGCUUAUUACCUGGUGGCGACGUAUAGGCUGAUGCUGGCCGUGUCGAGCCCAGGAUUCCACCUGGAGGAGAUUCUCUUCGUUCUACUUGGUUUCGUUCAAAUCGAUCGCGUCUUCUACAACUUUCGUGCUACUCGAAUCACCUCGGAACGGACACAGAGCGCGGCGAGGCGGAGCUAA